AUAAAGAUUACUAUUACCAUCCAUUGUGUGCAUUGUGCAUGUGCCACAUCCCACAUUAUACACACCGUGUGACCAGUGUAUACACUAGCUAGUGGCUAUAGUAACUGUAGCGCAUGGGAGGACUAUAUGCCCUCCACAUUACAAAUAUCCAUUGACUAGUCUAGAUUGCCUGCUCAGGAUAUCUGACUAGGCAGGCCAGUCAGUGUCGAGUGGUCUGGAGGGGGGGCCUGCCCCCACUGCUCUAUAUAAGGGCUCUCAGGUACACUUUCCGGAUUAACUCGAGAUACACUAGCACCCUGACUAUCUGUGGUUGCUAUAUGGUUUCGGAGAGUUGAAGACAACCCUCUGACAAUGUAAAAUAUGGCUCCUCGCACGAAGCUGCAAUUGCACGCUACCGGACGGCUUGGCAUGGCAGCUGCCAGCAGCCCUCGAUCUGUGACACUCAUGGAAGACCUAUUAUCUCAAGAGUUUCCUCCAGGAUAUGAGGAGGAGAGUAUGAAGCUCAAUCAGAUGAUUGAGCGGGGAGAUCUCCCACCGCAUUUCGACUCUGACCAGAUGCAUAAAGAUCUUGAGCGACAAGCCAAAGACGCUCAAGCAGCUCACGUCCGCAGUUAUCGAGUCACCAAGCAGCCGGAUUGGAGUAGCAAAUAUGCUGCUGAAUUCCUAGAGGAAACACUGAGGCGCCAUGGCCAGGCUUUGACUGAGCAUCUGAUGCACGGUAGGGCUUCGCCUGCACCCGAUCCUGAUGGUUCGGACUAUCUGGAGGAUCCAGGCGACGUGGGAUUCUCGCCGAGCUCUCUGUCAUCAGGUCACCUCGAUCAGCAGAACGUGCUGCACUCAGACGAUGACGCAGAGGCGGAAGGUGUUGCAUUGGCCUAUUCGACGUCCCCGGGCAGUGACGAAGUACCAGUAUUGGACCUCAGGCAGAUCAGCUCCCAGGAGCUGCGAGGGCAUCAGCGCCAGAGCUGUCCAUGCCGGCUGUCACCAGGGUAGGGCCCCAGCUGGAGCCCACUCCCUCCUUGGCGGCGCAAAGUCUGCUAGCAGGAACCGUUCCCAGAGCAGAAAUGCCUCGCUAUAUGGGCAUUGUGAACGAUGCGCUAGCACAGCCGUCAACUACGCAGCCUCAGUUCCCUGAUCUGGGAAGGAAACCU